AACAUGCAUUUUAACACAGCCAAAUGAAAGUCAUAAGUCUAGGAACAAAGAAUGUAUAUUUACAGGGUGGGGCACUGUAUCCUGGAAAACAGUGACUCUUGACAAGAAUUUAGGAUUCACAAUGGGUAACCGAAUCAGCUCCUAGUGUGAUGCUGUGGUUAAGAAAACUAAUAUGACCCAUAUAGAUAGAUAAAAACAGGGAAUAGCUGAGGAAGGAAGUGGUAUUACCAGGGGCGGCUCAUCAGCCCAGGCAAGUGAAGCACAGCCUUAAUAAGAAUUUCCAAAGCUACAAAAUACAUUUUGCAUAUUCUUUUUUAUUUAAUUAAUAAACAUAUAGAUUUUCAGCGACAAAACAAAGCAAAAAUCAACAGAAAAUUAAACAAAACUGAAAUUUAAAAAUAUUUAAUAAAUUAAUGGAAACAACAGACUCAAUAUCCUUUCCUCCUCAAGCUCAUGCUAAAAUGCUUGGCACAAUAGCAUCUCCAAGCCCCGUAUAGCUGGUAACAACUCAGGAUGAGGCGGAUGAUUUUCUACCUGAUCGACAGUGUCAGGAUAUGUAACAGGGCACAUCCCUUGCCCAACACAUACAGAUCCUUGAGAAGGGCAAAACCACUCAUUGAAACAAAACAAGAAUGUGAACAGCUACCUCAUCUAUAGAGAGAUAUUACCUCAUCGACUAUGUCUUGCUAAUAUCCUGGGACUGACCGUUACAACUACACUGCAUACAACUGAUAGAUAUGUACAUCAUGGAAGAUGGACAUUCUGCACAGUCCAAAGCACUGUGCUACUGGUAUACCAAUGUACAGACUGUGUUGAUCACAACAACUGCUGGGCAGGGGCACAAGCAUGAUGGAGACCUCCAUGACUUGAGCCUCCAGCACCUGGGAGCUGUAGGGUUCCCAUGUCACCCCUGGCAACUGGGAACUGCGGGGCUGAGCUCCCAGCCACAGAGGGCAGCAGGGGUGCCCAGCAGCUCCCAGAUGCGAAGGGAGAUAGGGGUGCCCCAAAGCUCUUAGGCAGUAGGGAGACCCCAAGCUCCCGGCCACCAUGCAUGGCGGGGCCCUUGUGAGCUCCUGGCCACCGCAGCGGUGCCCUGCAGUUCCCAGCUACCACGGGAGCCCCAAAGGGCCAUCCCUAGCCAUUUGGGUGCCCUACACAGCCCUCCUGCAGGGGGGCUGUGUGGGGCCCCAGGCCUCCCCCCCCAGGGUCUGGGAGGCAGGAGUGGUGGGGGGCCACUUUUGGGGGGCCCUACAGGCCCAGAGGAUUAGCGGGGAGCAGCCCGCUCCGCUUCCCUCGCCUCGGCCCCAGCCGUGUCACUCGGGGGAGGGGGUUUGGGGGAAGGGAUACCCCACUCACCGGCAGUGGCAGGAAGUGGGGCAGCCUGCUCUAUUCCGCCAUCUCCCAGCUGCGGCGCUCCGCUUCCUGCCGCCAAUGAGAGCCUUGUGCGGUCCUUUCCCCAACUUGAGCGACACGGCUGCAGCCGGGGCAAGGGAAGCGGAGCGAGCUGCAGCCGCGUCGCUCCGAUUCCCGCUGCCGGUGAGUGCGGGGAGCGAUCCUUUCCCUGCACUCACCAGCAGCAGGAAGCGAAGCACCGCAGCUGGGAGCUGGCACAGUAGAGCGGUCUGGGGCCGAAUGCUCCGCUUCCGGCCACUGCCGCGCCGGCUCUGCCCCCGGGGAUGACAUGCCCACGCCCCACCCAGCACGACACGCCCCCCCCGCCAGGCUCCUCGGAAGCUGCCUAGGAGGAGCGCGCAUCACAGUGAUCAGCUGCUAGGCGGAAGCAGACGAACGCCGAUCACAUCGAUCAACAGCCGAGCGCAAAUUGCCAGGUUUGGGGCGGGCUUUGGCGCCUUGCUUCCGGGACGCCAGCGGAUGUUGGGGUUUGAAUCGGGUGUCGGUUAUGACACUGCUGAGCCUUCGGCGUGAGGCUCGGAGCCGGGGAUGCUGCUUGCGGAGCUGCCGUAUGGUCCCUCAGUUCGAGCGCCCUUGAAGAUUGAAGACCUUGAGGGUGCCAGUGGCCAUUGCUGAGUGAGAAAAAACAUCUUUCAAGGGAAGUUCCAAAGAGUGAACAGCUAGAAGAAAGGUACUAGAAUGAAUGAAAAUACCCUCUGCCGCUUCCAAAGCCCAGCGUGUGUCCUCUGUCAACGAACUGAUGACUGUCCCGAAAAAUAUGGAGAAAAGAGAACUUACAAGGAAUACAAUCUCACUGUUCAUUACUACUGCUUGUUGAUGUCAAGUGGAAUUUGGCAGAGGGGUGAAGAAGAUGAAGGAGUUUAUGGGUUUUUAAUCAAAGACAUUAGGAAAGAAGUAAACAGAGCUGCAAAAUUGAAAUGUAAUAUCUGUAAGAAAAAAGGUGCUUCGAUUGGAUGUGUAGCACCCAAAUGCAAACGAAGUUAUCAUUUCCCUUGUGGGGUUCAAAGGGAAUGCAUUUUCCAAUUCAUGGAACAGUUUGGGUCAUAUUGUUGGGAGCACCGGCCGGUUCAGAAACUUCCAUCUGAUGAAUCUAGAGGCUCUUCACAGUGUACAAUAUGCUUGGAAUUUGUUGAGCACUUUCCAAUGUACAAUAUACUGAAAAGUCCUUGCUGUAAAAAUGCUUGGUUUCAUAGAGACUGCUUGCAGUAUCAAGCUCUGAGUGCUGGGGUAUUUUUCUUUAGGUGCACAGUGUGCAAUAAUAAAGACAAAUUUCAGAAUGAAAUGUUGAGAAUGGGAAUACACAUUCCAGAAAAAGAUGCAUCCUGGGAACUUGAGGAGAAUGCAUAUCAAGAUCUUCUGCAGCGUUACCAACACUGUGACGCUAGAAGAUGUCUGUGCAGGAAUGGGAGAGACUAUAAUAAACCUGAUAGUAAAUGGGAAAUCAAAUGCUGUCAGUGUUGUGGUUCCCGUGGAACGCAUUUGGCCUGUUCCCCAAUACAGCCAUGGGAGGAAAACUGGGAAUGUAUAGAAUGCAGAAGUAUCUUCACUAAGUCAGGGAAUUACCAAAAUCAGAAAAAACGCUCGUUGGCUACCUCAGAAAAAAUAGAUGUUACUGGUCGUUUGUUGGAAGAGCCCUCUCCCAAGUGCCCCAGACAGUCACCAGGAUCCCAGCACGGCUUUCUUCUCAGCUUUUCCCUUUCCAGGUCACCAAAGAUGUUGUACAAGGAUUCAAGCUGUUCUGGCACAUUAUUAGACCUUCCAGCAUCUAAUAAGAUGGUUAUGUCCAUAUCCCCACUGAUCAAUUCUUCAUCAAGGAAUCUAUCAGUAAGGAGAAUGCAACUAAGAAUACAAAAAAGAGAAGCUUCUAAUAUAUUGAGGGAAUUAAAGUUACAGGUUAAUAAUACAAAAACUACAAGACUGAACAUCAACAGAGACAAUAUCUGGAGUAGUGCCUUAAAAGGAUUCAGAGGGCGAAACUUCAAUCCUGCAAACACUGUGGAAGUGAAGUUCACAAAUUGCAAGGGUAGAGUAGAGACAGAUGUUUUCCAUGGAUCAAAACAUGAGUUUUUCCAAUUAUUAAUGCUUCAUCUUCAGAACUCAUCACUAUUUGAGGGCUCUUACUCAAAGAACUUAUCUCUUGAUUCUCAAGCUAUAAAAGAGAAUUUAUACUAUGAAGCUGGCAAAAUGAUUGCAGUUUCUUUGGUUCAUGGUGGUGUACCUCCCAGUUUCUUUUCCAAAACUCUGUUUAACUGUCUUGUUUAUGGAUCAGAGAAUGUGAAACCAACAGUGGAAGAUGUUGCAGAUUUUGAUGUAGCACAAACAAUAAAAAUGAUAAAAUCAUCAAGAACUCUGGCCAGCUUAAAAUCUACAAUAAGUGACUGCUAUGAAUAUCUUACUAUUGCUGGAUGUUUAAGACCUAUGACAACUCUAUGUGAUAAGGAUACGUUGGUGAACGACUUACUGAUCUAUCAUGUAAUUAAGCGAGUUCAUUCACCUUUUGAAAGCUUUAGGCAAGGUUUGAAAACUCUUGGUGUAUUGGAAAAAAUACAGAUGCACCCUGAUGCAUUCUCUAGCAUAUUGUGUCACAAACCCGAGAGACUUUCAGCAAGAAUUCUUGGUGAUCUCUUUACAAUCCACUGUUUAUCAGGUGUAAACAAAGUCAAAGGUGUUGAUUUCUGGAUGGGUUAUUUACAAGAUGUGGAAGGUGGUGAGUCUGCAGCAACACUGGAAGACAUUCUGGUCUUUGCAACUGGUACCAGUUCUAUCCCACCCAUUGGUUUUGAGCCUGACCCCUCAGUUAAAUUUCUGCGUAUAAAAUACCCUGUUGGAAACAGACAACUUAACUGCUUAGAACUUCCAAUAACAAAGACGUAUGAGCAGUUUAAAAAUAAAAUGGACUUUGCCAUCAGCAGCGCACUAAGACUAGAAGUAGAAUAAAUUUUUUUUGUUACUAAAGUCGAUGUCGCAAAUUCAGUUUUUCUGUUUGUGGGAUGUUCCUUCUUGUGAGCUGCUAUUACAUUUCUGAGCAUUGAUACCCUCUUUUCCCAUCUCAGUUUUCCCCCACUGGUUUACAAAAAUUGCUUUUGUUGUUUGUCCAUAAUAUUGCUCUAGUUUGGAACUUACCAGAUAGUCUAAGCCCAAAUAGGAUUUUUGUAAUUGGUCAUUUUAAGUUACAAAGCUGUUUUAAAAAGUUGUAUUUUUUUAAUGCAUAUGCUCACAAAUCAAACUUGUUUGGAAAAAAAAUAAAUGGACAUGUCACUAGAUCAAUAGGCUAAAAAUACAUUUAAAUUUGGAAAGUCAGUAGUUCGUGUACUUGUGUGCUGAACUUUUGAAAAUUAUACUACAAGAUAUAGAAAUUAAAAUUGAUAUAAAGACAUUUUCAGGCUAAAAUUGGGUAUGUAAUAUUUUUAAUAUCUCUUGAAUCAUAUUCUUGUUGAAGUCAGAUUUUGCCCUUGACUUCAAGGGGAACUGACAGCAUAACACUUUAAAACUGCCAAUUUUGCUAUAGAUAAAUACGCAAGUUUAUAAGUAUUUUCAGCACACUGUGCCCUAUCAGUAGGUAUAGGUAAUGCUCUACACAUGGAGGUAACAUGAUUUAUCAAAGUCAAAGCAGGCACAUUUUUUAGGGUGGUCAACUCUAGCUUUUUAUAAUGUCUUUGAAACAGGCUAUUACAUUGUGUCCUUGGAAAAAUCAACCACAGUUCAGAACUAAAUUUGCUUUCACUCUAAAUUUCUUGAUUCUUCGGGAUUUAAAUCAAAUCUUUGUCAUUUGCACAUGGAUUUUUAUAUAUCAGUGUUACACUAUAAAUUGUUAUACAGAGUCAAAGGAAUAAAUAAAAUUCAGAAGUAAAAGAUCUGAAAGUGUGACUCUAAUAAGUGUUUUAAAAUCUAAACACGAAAUUGUUAGCCUUACAGCUAUUUCUACAGUUUAUUCCCACUAUGCUAGUUAGAACAAGAUGUUCACAUUUUACUUAAACUGAAUUCAGAGUAAUUUUGAUAAUAGCUUGCACCAUAAUUUCUUAUUAUCAUUUAUCCUGAUCCUUGUUCCAAAAUUCUGUUGCAAUCAAGGUCCAGCACUUCCUUUUUAUGCCCUUAUGCUAAACACCAUUUCUUUCUCAAUUGUUAUUGCCUUUUGAACAGCAUCAGCUACAGUUGGUACAUUUAACAAACUUAAUAUUUGCAAUUCUACAGUAAUUAUGUACCAUUUGCUUCUCAAAGAUACCGCAGUGGCCAUGGAUAUCUGGAUCAAUUAAUGUUUAGUUUUUAUUGAGAUGUACUGUAGCUCAUUCAUAAUUAAGGUAGUACAGGAAACAUUUUGAUGUUAUUAAUUUUAAAGAUUUUUUUUUUAAUUAAGAGGGGGAUGGAGAUGAGUUACUUGAUGAUGUAUCUAUACAGAAAUCUCCUGUUGGAGAGAAAUAAGAUUGUAUACUUUGUUAGUUGAUUUUUUUACACUAUUGAUAUUUCUCUUAAAAGCUGUUUUGUUAGUAUUCAGUUGUAGAUUGAGCUUAUUCUUAUUCAAUUGCUCUUUGUUACUUAACUAGAUUAAUAGGAAAAAAUCACAGCUAUCUACUCUAUAUCUCAAACAAAGGCCAUCUUAUUUAUAAUUCCACAUGGAUUCUUAACUAUUCAGAUUCCUUGAAAGAUUAAAAAAAUAAAAUAUUAGCCACUUAGAAGCAAGUUUACUAAUAGAUUACAGGCAAGAUUCACCACUUUGUGUUUAAAGGCAAACAAAAUAAAACCCAAUCCCCCUACAUCCUCCUCCCUUCCUCUCCCUCGUCCCCCCCAAAAAAUCCUGCACAAAAACUCAUAUAGUCCAAAGGAACUCUUUGUGGGAAAGAAAAUCCUGUUAGUGAUGCAAUGGAUGGAUAAAUUUUAAAGAAAUCUCAGCUAAUGCAGUUUUUUCAAACUGACUGGAGAUUUUUUUUUUCUUUUUCUUUUUUUUUUUUUAAUGAUUAGUUGCAUGCUUUCUCUAUUUUCAGCUACUAAACUGCAUUCAGAUGUAUAAUACUUUGUAACUCUCUUUAGUUCAUGUACACUAUUGUAGCUGCCACUGGAAUGUUCUGCAAGUAUGAAUGGAAUUUGAGGUGGUCCAUGAGAUACUCUGUUAAAAUUUGGCACAUUAUGAAAAACUUUGAGAAUUCUCAGAUUCAGGCUCAGAUUGUCUUAUUUAAACAUUUAAGAUAGCUGAAAAGUAUUUUAAUGACUGGUACAAUUUAUCUGUUAAGCCAUAAAAAACUUUUAUCUGGAUUUUUGCAAGUACUACAGUGCUUUUUUUCAAGCAUUUCUCCCUGAAUUGUCUUUUUCCAUUGUUCAAACUACAAACCAUAUCUGUCAGGAAAUGUCUGGAGAGUGUGUAGUUUUUAAUUUUACAUCUCAGAAUCUCUGAAAAUGUCUGAAGUAUAGACAUUUAUUUGUAUUUUUCCACGCCAUUAUUUCUUUAACUACUUUGAAAGUAGUCUCCCUUUCUUCAACAUUUAAAACGCAUAAUGAAGUAGGUCAGGAGCUUACUCUGGUUGUGGGCCAAAAGGCUGGUAGACUCUCUUUUUGAAACAAAACUGAUUAUAUCUCCGAGUUCCACUGACUAGUUAUUAGAAAAUGUUAUUCCAUUUGUUCUGCUAUUGUAUACACAACGUUCUUGAUUUUAAUUCUCAUGUUUUCUGAAGAAAUUGUUCCAGGUGUUCUUUCUGUCCAUUAUUCUGAGGAUCUCCGCUCUGGAGAUACUUUUUAUAAUAUUGCUUGACUUCAGAAAUGUCUACUACCAUUAUAAUGAAGGCCUAUGUGCUCUGGCAAGUCUUACCUAACUUUCAUGGCAAAGGUUUCUGUUUUCUGUGGUGCUCCACUGCUCAGAAUUCUGCAACAGACUCGUAUACUUACGUUGAACUAAAUAAAAAAAUUAAUGCAGCAGCUAGUGCAACAUUCUUUGUUAAUUGUUGCUUAAUUUGAGGUUUCACUUAUUUUGUGGUGUGCUGCAUAUUUUUUUUUACUAGAAGCAUGUAACUUGUGGAUGUAAUGUGGGGGAGAGCUGGUGGUUUUGGCAAAAGAACAACUGUUGGGUUGUAGGCACUUCAGAAGGCACAGGAAGAGUAAAAUCAAUGUUGACAUUUAAAUGUUAGAUUUUGGAGUUGACCUCAGAUUGGGAUGAAUGGAAACAAUACACAUCUGACCUUUUUGGGUGCUAUUGUUUCAAGUUUUCUGCUGAUUUAAGACAACAGUUAAUUUGUUUAUUUCUGGGGAAUGUUUAGAAGACUAUCUUGACAACUAAAAAACCAAGACAUUUUCAUUAUGGUUUAAAUUUAGAUUCUGCUGCACAAUUGUGUGGAAAAAGGUGGAAUCUUUAGAGAAUUCUACAACUUUAGAAUACUCAGGGCCCUGAAUAUAGCUUUGAAAGAUUUAACUUUAGUUUUGAAAGUCUCAUAGUGGUUUGUGUUCUCAUUCUUGGUCUAUGACUUUGCAAAGUUGGUAAAGAAUAUCUCCUUUCUUGUAGUGUGUGUUUUGCUUCAGUUAGGCAUUCUAAACUAAAUUAAUCCUUGCUGCAACUCCAGUAUCGUCCUGAGAAUUAAAACAGAGAUUAAUUUGUCCCUUACUGCUUAUUUCUCAGCAUCUGUCAUGGACAUAACAUUCUUACAUUGUUUGUCAUUUUCAAUGUCAUUCCUCCUCAUAUUCUCAAAAUAUAAGUAGCUUUACUAUAUUUAGAAAUAAGUUAUCUUGCUGAAGUACAAAACUUUCAUUAGAAAGUUGAGGUGUAGAAAUAGUGAGCAACUUAUGUUACUAUGUCAAUCAACUGCUAGAAUUAAAUUUUUAAUUUAUAUAACGCAUCAUUAAAAUUGAAUAUGCUCAGGUAAUUUUGCCAUUUUACAAAAAAUAAAUAUACAAUUGAAGCAAAACUAGGAGUUAGGAAAGUUGUUUAUUUCAAUCUCCAGUAUUAACAAGAGUGUUAUCUGUUAAACAUACAAUAUAAUGGCUUCUUACUACACGAUUUGUAUAAUAAACAUACCUUUGAUAAGAUUCAUGAUUAAGGUCAGAAGAGGGACCAUCAUGGUCAUCUAGUCUCACCUUCAUACACAGGCCAUAGAACCUUACCCAGUAACUUCUGUGUCAAGCUCAUAACUUCUGUUUGAGGUCUGCCAUAUUUUAUAAACAAUUUAUUAUUUGUUUUUCAUGGGAACUUUAUUACAAAUAAUCUUAUAUUUUAAAAUCUAGUAUUAAUCUUGUAGUCUUGAAGUUUGUGAAUCUACAUUUUUAAAACUAGGAAUAGUCAAAGUCAAAUAAGAUGGCUGAGAGGAAGUCUUGCCAAAAAAAAUCUGUCUGGUGUCUUUUUUUUUUUUUUUUUUUUAAUUAUUAUUAUUAUUAUUAGGUGUUAUUAGCUAAAUAUAUUCAGAGUGAGAAGUAACCAACCUUAUGUUCUACUUCAGGCUCUACAGCAUUAAGUGUAAUGCAAAUCUUUAACAAACUAGGUUUACAGUUCUUCAUUAAAUAGCUUCCUUGCACUAGGGUAUACAUACACAGAGUUUAGUAUUUAAAGAGGAGUGUUUAAAAUAUGCACAGCAGAAAAUGGAAAAUUGUCAUUAAUCCAACUCCUUCAAUUCUGUGGCUUAUACUUUUUUUUAAAGUGCCAAUUGAUAUAAACUAGUAUUUUUUCCUCAAAUAGGGAAGCAAUAAAUUAAAUAAACUCCUGAAGCUGCAAAAUAUAUUUUAUUUUAGAGUAGUUUUGUUUCACUUUAUCAGCUAUAUAGGAUUUAAAAUUGUGGUAUUAUGUUAUUGGUUUAGCAUAAGGGAGUUACCAAUUCCAUAAAAGCAAAAUGGGAAUCACAGACUAGUUUAUGAAAAGUAGCAUGUUAUAUAUUUUGGUUUGCUAAAAGAAAAUGAAUAGAAUAUCUGAAUUGUGGAAGUAUUAAUGUUCUCUGGUAAAAAGUGCAGCAUUUAGCAUUUUAUGUAACAAAGCGAAUGUUGAGAAAAACUAACAUCCGUUAUGUAUAAUAAUAUGCAUUAUGGAACUUGCAAUUUUGUAAAUAUUUUGGCUUUGGUUUUUGCCAUAGCUGUGGGGUACAAUGCCUGAAAUCUGUUGCAGCUUCAAGUAACAUACUUAACAGCUAUAAUAUGUCAGUGUUGCUCCAUGAAGUAAAUACAUUAAUUGUGGGAGACAACUGUCAUGUGUAUAAAAUGUUUGAAGUGCAAUAAAGUAACUAAUGAUUCAGUUAGUAA